UCAUUAAUAUUCAUGAGCUCAGCGCCGCUGCGUGCCCCUGCGUGAUGACGUAGCGCGACAACUGCGGAUCCCGAUUGCUGCAGCCGCAUGUCAGUGUGACGAAGAUUGGCACUCAGGUUCACACCUGUCUUGUCCUCUAUGAAGAACCUCCACAACCUUAAGUGAACGUGAUGGCAGCUCCGGUCUCUAUAGACAAGUACCCGAAAGGAGAGCACCAGAUGCCCAGCGUGGUGAAAGCUGACGUGGACUCUGAGCAGAAGUUUGAGGGGGAGGUUCCCAGCCCGACCCCUGCUGACCCGCAGACACCCAUGGACGCAGACAAAGCUUCCAUAUAUCGACACCCCCUCUUCCCCCUGCUGGCGCUGCUCUUUGAGAAGUGUGAACAGUCCACACUGAGCUCCGACUGCAUCACCUCGGCCAGCUUUGAUGUGGACAUUGAGAACUUUGUCCGCUGUCAGGAGAAGGAGGGAAAACCUUUCUUCAGUGAGGACCCCGAACUCGACACCCUGAUGGUGAAAGCCAUCCAGGUGUUGCGGAUCCACUUGCUGGAACUGGAGAAGGUCAGUGACCUCUGCAAGGACUUCUGCAGCCGCUACAUCGCCUGUCUGAAGACCAAGAUGAACAGUGAGACGCUGCUGAGCGGUGAGCCCGGUAGCCCGUAUUCCCCCAGCCAGCAGAACUUCUCCCCCACCAAGACUCAGACCCCCACCUCCAUCUCAGGGACCCUCAGUCCCCAGGGACAGAUCAUGGUGCCAGCCUCAGCCCUGCAGCAAGGCAACGUCACCGUGACAACCGUCAACCCCACCCAGGUGGUGGCAGGGGGAACCGUGUACCAGCCAGUCACCGUGCUAACUCCUCAGGGCCAGGUGGUCACUCAGGCGCUGUCCCCUGGAACAAUACGACUCCAGAACAACCAGUUUCAGCUGCAGUUCCACCAGGACCUGAACCUCUUCAACAACGAUGACAGUUCCACCAAAAACAAACGUGGCGUCCUGCCCAAACAUGCCACCAAUGUCAUGCGCUCAUGGCUCUUCCAGCACAUCGGGCAUCCUUAUCCAACCGAGGAUGAGAAGAAACAGAUCGCCUCGCAGACCAACCUGACGCUACUGCAGGUCAACAACUGGUUUAUAAACGCUCGCAGACGGAUUCUACAGCCGAUGUUGGAUGCCAGCUCUUCUGAGACACCCAAAGCCAAGAAGAAGACGCCUCAGAACCGACCGCUGCAGCGCUUCUGGCCUGACUCCAUCGCUGGCGGAGGCUCUCAGCAGGUUACCAUGCCAGAUGGUACCAUGGUGACGAUGAACAUGGAGGGGCUGCAGAGCCUGACGUCAGACGGAGCCACCCUGGCGGUGCAGCAGGUGAUGCUGGGAGGCCACAGCGAGGACGAGACGGACGACAGCGCGGACGAAGAGGACGACGGAGACAUGGCCGGGCUGGGCCUGGACAACAGCGACUCGCUGCAGUAGAGGAAGCCCCUCCUGCACAUCUGCACAUGCACACGUACAGAAACACAUGGAGCACAACCGUCUGGGCCGGAGCGGCCUGGCCCGGCCCCGGCCCGGCCCCGGCCCCGCCUGACAGUGUGCACGCCACAGCUCCCCCUCACAAACUGUUUUUCAUAAGUUUGCUGAUGUAGGCGACUGCACUUUUUGUAUAUUUAAGCUGAAAAGAAUGAACUGAAAAAAAAAAGAAGACGUGUUAAAAACACCACCAGACAAUUUGUACAAUCCGUUAAAUACUGACUGUUUUUGGAGGACUUGUUUCACAACCCCCCCCCCCCCCACACACACACACACACACACACACACACUCCUUAACUCCUCAUCCCCAGAACUCCUUGCCCCCAUACCCUCUUCAUCCCCUUUGCUUUCAUUCCUUCUCACUAUUUCUUUGUCACUUCUCAUUUCCUUCUUUCCUGUCCCCUUACUCGUCUCCUCACCCCCCAUCUCUUUGUUUCCUGUCUGGUCCACAGUCCCCUUACUCCUCCUCUCCUUGUUCCUUGGUCCUUCUCAAGGAUUCCUCCUUCCUCCGUCCCGGUCUGAAUAUCCGAUCUCUGGCUCGGGGGGGCCGGUGUCUCUGAGGUGUCGGUGUUCUGCUCUUCACUUCUGCAUGCUUGUGUUUUAAUGUUUGAAAUCCUGCGACGACUUGUCAGCUCUCAGAGAACUAACGCAGAGAGCAAUUUAAAAGAAGAACUGCUAGAGAAGCUUAUUUUUCUAUAUGAACAUGAAAUUAGUGUUGGUUUCAUUUUUGUGUUCUGUUUUGUAAGGAAUAUUUAUGUACAGAUUCCUAAUUAUAGUUAGCAGCCCUGUUUUUCAGGGUUCUUUGAAGUUUUCUAAAAAACAGAAAAAGAAUUGAAUGCUAAUGAAAACUAUUUAAAUUGGUUUUAAAUGUACAAUCCUAUCAAGGCCUUCUUUUGUAAUGAGUUCCUGCCAAGAAGCACAAACAGGAAGCUUGUCUGUCGGUGAAAUUGGUCAAAAAGAUGAAACUGUUGCUAAUAGUUUUACUUCCAUCAUCUUCUCUGCUGUCGUUCAGCUCCACGUGUGAAUAUCAUUCUUCAAGUCUUUUAACAGGCUUACAGGACUGUCUAUGCUGUCAUUCAAAUGCACAAACCAGAACGCCACAGAACAUACAAUCCAGGGCCAGAAAGAACCUUCUGAAGGAGCAGAACUUCUGUUUCUGUACAAGAAAAGGACUGCUGGGACUUGGACUGGACGAUGGUUGAAGGACUGUAGCUGCUCUCGCACUGAAACUUCUGGGAACUGUCAAGUUAUUGAAAUUAACCUACAAAUGAUGGUGUCUCCUGUUUAAAGCAGACUGUCUUUUUCCAGAAGUUUCUAGAGUUUUGAUCCCGUUCCCACAGAGAUCCAGCACAACAGUUCCCUUGUCCCGGCAGCUGGGUUGGGGGCAGAGCCGGAGACGUGAAGGCUGCGUCUCUGCACAGAUCUGUCCUACAGCUUAAUGCUGGGUGAUAUGGAGCUGCAGAAGGAAGGUGAUGUGUGUGAUGGUGUGUGAUGUCAUAGCUCCCUGCAGAUGUGAAAGGCUAAAUCCCAAUGCCAGAAUAGUUUCUGAGUUCAGCAGCUGCAGGGAUCUGGUGAACAUCUGAGCUCUGUUCUUCACUUCUGUUGCUUUUUAUGAAGUCUUUAUCUUUCUCCUGUCUGUCUCGCCUUAGAGCUUUCUAUUUUGGAAUAAACCAUGCUUAAUUUUA